AUGAGUGAAACAAGGCCAGUUCCUCGGAGAGAGAGUCCAUGGGGGAUAACAGGAGAGAAUCAUCCUGAACCUAAAGCUCAUCGAUGCAAUGAUCGUGUUGAAGAUGUUAUCCAGGCUUGCUUUGAGGGAAACCCUUUCAAGACUGUUCCAGGACCUUUCAAGCUCUUCUGGCAGUGCAUGCGUUCUAAACCUGGCGAGGAACCAACUGAGCCAUUUACCUAUUUGGAUUUGGAUCCUCCGAAGAGAGAGCCUGUAAAGCUUGAGUAG